AUGGCCUUGCCUACUAACAUGGGGGCUCGCAGAGACCACUUCGUUACGUCACUUAAUCCUGGCUUUGUAGCUAAACCGGAUACGUCUCCUCAGCGAAUUCUCGAUGUGGCUGGUGGUACCGGCGAUAUCGCCUUUCGAAUGCUCAAGCAGGCACAUGUCAUCAAUCAGAAUCCAGAAACGCGCGUCACAAUCUCAGACAUCAACCCAUCUAUGUUAGCUGUUGGUCGCCAACGUGCUGAAUCCCAGCUACCGGUAGGCCAGCUCGCGUCGCUAAAUUUUCUUGAGGCCGAUGCAACCAGUUUCCGCCAGCCAGACGGCACCAUUACCGUGGAGUCGUCAACUAUUGAUCUUUACACGGUCGCAUUCGGCAUUCGAAACUUUACCGAUAUACCAGCCGCGCUUCGCGAGGCGUACCGUGUGCUUCGCCCGGGUGGUGUAUUUGCCUGUCUCGAAUUUAGCAAAAUUGCUUCCACCAACAGAAACCCGGCGGCAUCCUUGUUUGACGCUGCGUAUAAACGCUGGUCAUUUAGUGCCAUACCUAUGAUUGGCCAAAUUGUUGCUAAUGAUCGUGACUCAUACCAAUACCUGGUAGAGAGCAUCGAGCGUUUCCCGAGCCAAGACGAGUUCAGAGAUAUGAUUAUCGAUGCCGGCUUUCUUGUCGGUGGCUGCGGUUAUGAAAAUCUCACCGGAGAGAUCGCCGCCAAAGCCGAACUGGCGCUUGUGCUACCAAGCCUGGUACUAGCAAACCACCUUCACAUCACUGGCGUCUUGCCGGACCUUAUCGCUGGUUCCAAGCCGGUUGGAGAGUGGGUAGUCAAGUCCGCGAAUUUUGCUAGCAAGGACCGCAAAGAAUCGAGGGCCAUCCGAUUGCUCUUGAGUCGCGCCUCAUGCUGCUACAUCAAGAAGCCCGAGCUUGGCUCCAAGACUGUGCUUCUGAGCCUCAUAGUUCUUCUCGAGCAGGUCGACGCGCAGUCCUUUGCCGUGUGCGAAGAGAUUGCGCUGAUUAACUGGGGCAACGCGAUCCAAGAGAUCGAAAAUGGGCCUGGCGGCCAAACCAUCAAGACGCUGAAACUGCAGUUUACCCUAACAAGCGACGUGAAGAAAACCGAGAAGGUCACUUGGCUGGCAGACACGAACGAGAAUUUGGUUCUCGUUGACUUGGUCUUGUUUGAUUACUUCAUUACAAAAGACAAGCUGGAGAAGUCUGAUGACCUCCGGAAUUGCCUCACCGAUGUCACCGAGUUCAGACAGCAGGCGUUUGCUGAUUACAAUUGUUACAACGUUAAGCUCCUAAAGAGGAGCGCCCUUAUUCAGUUCUUCAGUUCGAGCACAAGGGCUACUACAGACUGGAUGCUGUUCUUCGAGAUGGACAAGAGCGAAUAG